AUUUCAGCCAGCGCUUCAAGUACAUCCAUGUGUGUAUGUGUAUGGUGAUAUGGUGUCUAAUUUUAGGCAAUUGUCAUGGUCGAUGGUUACAUAGCGUACACAUUGUACAUACGGGUAGGUAUCGCUUCCAUGGAUCCUAUAUACCAGUGUCACCGCCAGUGAUGUGCAUGACCAGACAUGAUUUAAUCUAACAAAGAUAGAGUAUCAACAACUUUAAGGUACUCUGAAAUGACAAAUGGAUACCACUAACACCGACCUCGAGGAACGUCCUAGUCAUAGACUAGAAGUAAGGGACAAGGGUUCUCUGGCCAGCUUCCGAGAAGGUCCCUUUAUUGGUCACAACACCUUGGUAACACAUGCAGAAUUCCUGAAGGUAGCCAAUUACAAUCAGGAACCUCGUGUAUUCCGACUGCUUCCAGUGGGCGGCGCAAGCAACUUUAUCGGUGAUGUGUUUUCCCUGAUCAUUUGGUAUUUCAUGUGCGUCUAUUCCUGCUGUGUCAUCCCAAUUGCCUGCUACUGUGACAACACAGUUAUAAACAUUGCCAACGCCGCCGUUUUGUGCGUCCUGCUCAUGUAUUACAUCAUAGGUAUAUACACCAUCACCAGAAACAAGACAAAGCUAAAGCGGAUGCUGUGUGUGGCAGAGACAACUGCAGAUAGAUACCAGGGUUAUCAAAAUUACUUCUUUGAAGUUGGAUCCAACAACACUGAGCAGCUUACGUUUUUGAAUAUGAAGCAUAGGAAAAAACUUCGACAGGAAAUCGUUAUUCGCAAAGGGAAGGGGAUGGUGGUGAUGUUAUGUGCAAGAUCCUACUGGAGGAGUCGCAUUAUUUACCCCAUUAUAUGUCUAGCAGUCCUCAGCCUCUUCAAUCUUAUCGGUGUUAUCGUCCAACUGGAAACCAUGAAGCGUGUCAAAGGUUGACAACCACUACUGGGUUCUAUUUAAACGCGGUACAUUCUCGCCAGGGUCAAGGAUGUUGUUACCAUCUCCACACAACAUCUGUUGCUGGAAGAGUGGUGUACGUGGUGUUUACUCCCAAAGUUACCCGUAAAAGACAGGAAUUGACCCGUGAAAAGAUCAACAUGCUUUUCCCGAGGGAAAUACCGCCACAUGUACACGCACUAAGACGUCACGACGCACUUUUGCAUACUUGACCUCUGACCUUUUAUUGCAUAUAACACUAUUGUUAACGUUGUGCUUUUCUGAUUUAAUGUUCAGGGUUAAUCAUCCCUAAAGAAUUAACAUAAUUGUAUCCAUGCGCGUCAUAGAAUACAAGCAUAUAAAGGUCCGGAGUAUUGACACUGGCAUGUUUAAUCAAACACGGGUAUGAUCCGUGGACAGGGAAAUAUCAAGCCUUGGGUAAGAGUUUGACUGUCCAGCCUCGUGCUAGACAGCCAAACUCUUACCCGCGGGUUGAGAUUUCCCUGUCCACGGAUCGUACCCAUGUAAGAUUCUAUUGUUCUUCCACAUGAAGUUUUUUUUGUGUCAAAUUGUUAUGCUCAUUUUGAUACCAGUUAAUUAAGUUGUUCAUAUUAUUCUACUUUAUCUAUGUUCGGUUUUACUUCUGACAGGCUUUGGCUACUGCGUCAUUGAAUAAUCUAGACUAAUAUGGACGUCUCUUUUUUUCUCUUGACAUCUACACUGCAUUUUCCGGUUGAAGGAAGUCAAGACAAUUACAACUACCAUAUUGAAGGUGUGGCAAGAUAAUUGCAUAUGAAUACAUUGAGGUAGUCAGGGUUUUCAUCUACAUUUAAAGCUUCACAAACGUUAUCAUAACCGCAAGGAUUUCCUUGAAUUGGAUUUUCAGUAUAUGAUUAGAUCAUUGCGACCAAUGUAACUUGCCAGGUUUUAUUUGACACGAGACGUUUUAAUUCAUGCCACAUACGUUGAUAUUUUAAACAAAAGAGCUAUGGCGGGUUGCUAUGCCUAUUUCCCCAAAGCUGUGAUCCGCUAGUGCGCUCGUGCCAUCACGUACUAUUCUGACGCAUCCUCAGGUAUUUUUAUACAGAUAACUCUAUCGGAAUCUUGGGUCUAAGAAUAUAUUAUUAUGCAGGUGUAAACAUACGAAUUUAAGGCCAUGACUAUUAAUGCAAGCGUUUCUCGAUAAAGACGCAACGAUUUUUUUUAAUUCACGUUAUUUAUAUUAUUUCUAAAAAAGCAUACGCUGUAUGUAAAACAAAAUCGUACAAUCACUACCAACAACUUUUGAAAGGAUAUACUUUUCAUUACUACUGCCUGCAUCAUGCCAUUACUUUUUUUUUCUUUUUUUACAAAAAGCACAUUUUGUUCUUCCUGCACCUUUGAAAUCAUUUUCGAAAAAUAUGUCUUGUACGUCAAUUUUGCUGCAUACUUUGUGCUUCAAUCUUCCUGCAUUUUAAACAAAGAAGACUGUCCUCGCUGAUGACUUCUCGCAUUUUCGGUGAUUUAUCGCUUGUCGUUAUUGGUGAAGAGAUAUCAUAUAUAUCACAUAUUGUUACUGAUUCUACUGUUAACCGUUAAACUGUUAGCAUUUAGUUGUGCUAGGCGUUUGUUUUAAUGGGAGGGAACGCAUGUAUCGCAUAUUGAUACAUUUGUGUUGAAAUUAAAAUAAAACAUUAAUCAGA